AUGAGGUUGAAUGCGAUGGUGUCGAUUUCAGCCUUGGGGUCGCCGCUGCUGGUUGCGGCUGAGGCGCCGUCGUUAUCGGCGUUGUACACGAGCCACGGUGAGAUGAGCCCCCCGACAGUAGAGGCUGGGCGGUACGAUUACCUAGUGACGCUGAAUGAAGCGGUGCCGUCUGUGGCGUUGGUUCCUAAGAUCAACCGAAGUACGGCGGUGCCCACUGUCAAGCCGACGACUACGACUGCUGCGUCGGCGGCGAAUGGAACAGUGUCCAACAAUGGUUUGAUGGACGGCUGGUUGAAUGGGGAGAUGUUCAGUCGGCGUGGCGGCGCGGACAAGAGCGUGUCCAGCGCCAUGCCUCCAAUCCAAGUCAAGGUGACCUGGACGGGCGACGACAGCACCAACGGCGCGUGGGUUGAGCCAGAAGGGUCGCCGCUCGGCGUAAAGAAGCAGAUUCCGUUGCCUGAGAACGGGAGUGACAUGACUGUGAAAAUCGAUUUGAGCGACUUGGAGACGGAGGAGCGAAGCAUUUAUUCCGUAACCUACAAGCAACUGUACGAGCCGCCCGCUGGCAUCUAUGGGCUCGAGGCCUCCGACAACACGGGCUACCGAGCUAUCGUAGACCCCACUCUCUCUGAAGACGUCCAGACCUACUCUGUCUACGUCAACCCCAACGCCACGCGGGUAAACCUCGACAUCCGCUGCCGAGGCACCACUCGCAACACCUCUACGGUCGUCAACGGCAAGAAGUACACCGGGAACUCGGCUCAAGUCAACUUGGCCCGAGAACUCGAACACCACACCCAAGUUGUCGAAGUCAUCUGCGGCAGAUACAGAAAGAACGGCGAUGAUACGCCGGCAGAUAAGAGAUAUGCCAUCAAGGUACUUAGUGACUAUACCAUCGAUCAACUCGACACAUUACCCACUGAUAUUUAUAUGCCGGCUAUCAAACAGCAAUGCCAAUUCAAUUUUGAUAAGAAGGCUUACUACUGUCCCGAUCCACAACUGCCCUACCAUUUGGUUCAACUGCAGUCGCAAAACAAACCUGAUAUAAAAUACACCAUGUUCAACAAGGCGCGAACGAGUGAGGUUCGUUUGUUGGACGGUCAGACUUCAAUCCCGUUUACUUAUUCGGGAGAUUUUUCAGUGCGCCACGAGGCGGGACGUUUCUACCAGGAUUACCCUCUGUAUUUCGAUGGUAGCAUGAUGAGAUCUUUAAUGAGCGUGCUCGGAAGCAUUUUAGCCGGGUUGCUGUUAGUUCUUACGGCGGCUCUGUUGGGCAUCGUGGGUGCUGCUUCGGUAUUUACCUUGGGAUUCCCCCUUGGUGCCACGGAGAUUGCAGGGACGCUGGCGUUUAUAAUUCAGUAUUUGUGCUUUAGUCAGAACCUGAAGGGUUCUCCGCGGCUGACCGAGUUUACGGAGCCGUUGCGGUGGUUUACGCUGUUCGCGCCGGGUCCGGUGCAGAUGAGUGACAAUUGUUCUACGGCUAGUUACAGUUUUGGGAACGGACGGAUAGGUGACCUGCGCGACCCGCGGAACGCUCAGGGCGCUCUGUUCUGGGGUUUGGCCCUGUUAUUCGGGUUCGUGCUCUGCCACUUGGGGCUGUUGUUCCGGUUCAAGGUGUUCGAAAAGGGUUUCACGGUUCCGCACCACGUGCAGUUCGGGGGUUGGGAGAACCGCGUUCUACACGCGCUGUUGUUCCCGUUGGCGACGGCGUGUGCCUACUGUCUCGCGAGCGACCAGAUCUGCCCGAUCUUUAAGGCGCUGGCGGGUGCAAUACUGGGUCUCUAUGUGCUCUGGAUUGCGGCAGAAGCGCUGGACGUCCACGCAAUGGUGAACGCCGGCAAAGUCGUCUGGAUCUGGAACAGCAGUUUGAAGGAAGACGGCCAGUUGGAGGACGAGAGUGGCUACUGGGCAGAUGCAAUGGCGGACCAGCUGUUAACGCAGCCGGUGAACCGCACACGGAUGCGCAGCCUGUUCCCCUUCACGUGGGUAAGUCCGGUGGCGGACAUUGUGCCGCAAUCGGUGGUAUCUGCGCAGCCUGACACGGUAUACGGUCCACACAAGUAUCGCGCCCAGAAUUACCAAGAGGCCUCCUACGGGUUGGGCAAAACGCCGCACGUGGUCGAGGUGGUGCGGUGCCGGAAGCCCGGCGGCCUCUGCCGUGGUCAGCGACUGGUGGCUGGGUUGUUGCGGACGAAUUGGCUAGAUGUCCUGUUCACCUAUGAGUCACUGACACAGUUCCAUGCGAACGUGACCAAGAACUCUGGCAGCAGCGUGGUGAUUCCGUGUGUGGCUAAAACCUCGCAGCUUUCGGGACCGUUUGCCGGUGGUCGGGCAAUGUUCUUCUUUGAUGGAGCACGCAUUCCUUUCAUCAGGAUUGCCGACUGUUUCUACCGACUGAUUGUUGGUAUGUGUUUAGGUAUCUCGUUGGUAACACCUGCCCAUGCCGUGGCCUGUUUCGGAGCCAUCGCGGUAUUAUCGGUGGCUAUGUUAGGUUACACGGCGGCUACCAAGCCGUUUACGAGGAUCAACGAGGGUUGGCUCGCAGUGGGGACAUACGCGACCGUGGCGGUGAGUGCCGUGGCGUUUGCACUUUACUAUGUCUUUAAUGGCGAUCGCGAUGAAACGACGGUGCUUGCCGACUUGGCACUGUGGGGUAUUGCUGUGACAUGUUUUGUGCUGGGCGCCUAUUCGCUCAUCAUCGAUAGCUCCAUCUUCAGUGCCGUCUUCUGUCCACCUUUAGACGAGUCCAAGUUCUUGGAACAGCUAAGCAACACUUCCAUCGCCAUCACACCUACCAGCGACAGCCGACGCUCCUAUCGGGUUGAAACUCCGGGAUACUCCAAGUAUCCAACGAAGGAUAUCCUCAUGCAAGCUACUAAAACUGGCAAUCAACGUGUCCAUGUUUCUGUCACUCCAUCCAAACAAGAUCCUUGUCUUGAGUUCUCUGAGAAACAAAUUAAACAGGCCUGCCAGACAAGCCAACUACCAGUACCCAUGGUCACGCUUGUCGCACGCUCUCGACGGGAACCACUCGGAUACAAAUAUUUACAAGUCACGAAGCCAGACCAAUUCACACACGCUGUUACCGACUUCCUUACCAACGACGAUGAACAUGACGCCUUUGAAGGCACUGUUGCUCGCGAACUAGCACGCCACGUCCAAUACCAAACCGAAACUAGAGGACGCGGUGGUGAUACACUCCUCACCGUCAGCGUCACGCCACCCACGGAAUAG